CACAAAGUGUCAAAUUACGAUUUACUCAAUAGCGGCCAACUUCAAGUUUCUUUCUUUUUGACGUGCUCUUUCAGAAAAAUCGCGUAAAGAUGACUAUCCGCCCCGCAUACAGGCCAAAAAUUGUUAAGAAGCGCACCAAGCACUUCAUCCGCCAUCAAUCGGAUCGCUAUGCCAAGCUUUCGCACAAAUGGCGUAAACCAAAAGGUAUUGACAACAGAGUACGUCGCCGUUUCAAGGGUCAGUACCUGAUGCCUAACAUUGGUUAUGGCUCCAACAAACGCACUCGUCAUAUGCUGCCCACUGGCUUCAAGAAGUUCUUGGUUCACAAUGUCCGUGAACUAGAGGUGUUGUUGAUGCAAAAUCGUGAAUAUUGCGGAGAAAUCGCCCACGGCGUAUCUUCCAAAAAGCGGAAGGAAAUUGUUGAGCGCGCCAAGCAGCUGUCGAUUCGUCUCACCAAUCCCAACAGCCGCUUGCGAUCACAGGAGAACGAAUAAACUUAAGUUUUUCGCUGUUCAUUUUUAUUUUCGCCAACAACUUAAAUAUAAAAUCUGAAAAUUAAGUAA